AAUCCAUCCUGUAACAACACUGAAAUUACCCAUAACAACAUUUGAAACAGUCAAGCCAAUAAAGGUACAGCAUGCUCUAAGCUCUUACCUAAUUGGCCGUGUUGUCUUUUAUGUCAUAAUCAUGCCACCCAACAGUAAGCAGUAUGUAGAGUUACAGUAGUGAGACUGGGAUUUUUUUUUUCAAUCUAAAGUUUUUCUCUUUCUCUCAAAAAAACAUCUGAAACUCAUAAGACAUCUUUCUUACAAAAACAUGCUGGAAGACAGUGGAACUUGUUUUCACCCAGAAGGUUUUUUUCACUUUAAUAUUUUAUGUUGAUUGUCAGCAGAUGUGGAAGCCACAUCUUUUUGUUGGGUUAGUCCUUCAGGCAGUAAGAGAGAGAUGCAUCUACUCAAGAUUGGCACUCAGAGAAACAGCACUGCCUCUUCCUGGCUCAUGAAAUUCAGUUUCCUUUGGCUGCUUAGCCAGCACUGUUGCAGAGCCAGAGCUGUUUGGACUGCAUACACGAACAUAUCAUUUCACGUUGGGAAUCGCAUGUUGUCAGAGUUGGGGGAGACUGGAGUGUUUGGAAGAAGCUCUGCUCUCAAGAGAGUGGCGGGAGUUAUCGUGCCUCCAGAGGGAAAAACGCAAAACGCAUGUGCCCCCGGUACCAGUUUCAGCACAUCGAAGAACUCGGAGACAUGGCUCGCACUUGUUGAACGGGGAGGCUGUACCUUCACACAGAAGAUCAAGGUGGCCGUGGAGAAGGGAGCCAGCGGAGUGAUCAUCUAUAACUUCCUAGGAACUGGCAAUCGGGUUUUUCCCAUGUCUCAUCAGGCGUUUAAAGACAUCGUCGUGGUGAUGAUUGGUAACUUGAAAGGCAUGGAGAUUUUGCAUUUAAUUCAGAAGGGAGUUCACGUUACAGUCAUGAUUGAGGUGGGAAGAAAACACAUCAUCUGGAUGAAUCACUAUUUUGUCUCUUUUGUGAUUGUCACAACCGCUCCGCUAGUGUAUUUCAUCUUUUAUCAUAUUCAAAGACUUUGGGUAGCAAGGAUUCAGAACAGGAGAUGGCAGCGGUUAACAAGUGAUCUCAAGAAAGCAUGUGGCCAGCUUCAACUUCGGGUACUUAAAGAGGGGGACAAGGAAGUAAGUCCAAAUGGAGAUAGCUGUGUAGUUUGCUUUGAACUCUAUAAGCCUAAUGAUACAGUUCGUAUUCUGACUUGUAAACAUUUUUUCCACAAGAACUGCAUUGACCCCUGGAUUCUAGCCCGUGGGACAUGCCCCAUGUGCAAAUGUGACAUUCUUAAAGCUUUGGGGAUUCAGGUGGAUGUUGAAGAUGGAACAGAAUCUGUGCAAGUUCUAAUGUUGAAUGAAUUGCCUGGUAUCCUGUCACCUCAUGAAGAGGGCACAAGUAAUGAACUUCCUCCUGCGGGAAGGUCAAAUAAAGGGACACACGUGGAGGAGUGCCCUACUUCUCAGAACGAUGGCCCGUCUAAUUCAGUAGCAGCAAACGUUCAUCGUCCACCUUGACAGCAUGGCCUUUGAGGAAGUGGAUUAAACCUGUCUGUGAAAUCAGGUCCUAAGUACUAACAAGCAGUUUGUCUGAAGUGUGGUUUCUGUGUCUUUUUUUUUUGUUACUUCGGUAGUUUUCUACAUGCUUUGUCCAGUCUCAGAGACAGAAGAAAAGUACUAGCAGGAUUUUUUUUCCCCGUUUUUCACCUUUACUAAAUGUAACUUUUUGUCAGUGUGUGUUACUCCUGUGAGUAUAUAUGUUUAUUUCUGUAUGCACAUGACCAAGGACGAACUUUGCUUUUUAUUUUUUUGGCCACAACAUGCAGCUUAUGGGAUCUUAGCUCCCCGACCAGGGAUCGAACCCAGGCCCCCCGCAGUGAAAGGUGCCAGGUCUUAACCUCUGGACCGUCAGGGAAUUCCCAACCAAGGACAAACUUUAUU